CGGGAAGUUGCGCAUCCUCUCCAGGCUCACAGAUCAAUCCAUCCCUCGGAAAAUAUGCAGUUUAAGCACACCCUCGCCGCCCUCGUCACCAGCGCCUUCCUUACCGUCGUUUCCGCUGACUGCGGUCCAGUAUGUUGGGACUUCAUGAACCGCUGGGUUGGGAAGGAGAAUUGCGGCGGAGACGUCAACUGCAUCUGCAACGACGCGGAAUCUCGGGCGCAAUAUAUUGACUGCGUCCUCAUAGAUUGCGAUAGCUGGGAAGUGGGUAGUCUCGAGUGGUACAACUAUUGCCCUCGCGAAACCAGCUCUUCGUAAGCUUUCUGUUGAGCACGUCUAGGGCGGACUGAUCCUGAGUCCUCCUCGCAGUGUCGCACCGAGCUCAACCGCAUAGGCCUGGAGGCAUGAUUGUUGCGAGAAUUGGGCCUGCGAGAUGGACGUCCUGCUUCGAAUACCUAUGCCAUUCAAAGUU